AUGAGAUGGACUUCGUCGAACCGCCAUGGCCUUGCUGUCAAACCACCACGGCCUCGUGUCACCUCAAGCACCGCCCUCGUGCUUUGUCAGCCGCCACCGCUGAGCUGCCGUCGUGCUCACCUCUACUUCAACCCGGCUCUGCCGAGCGUCGCUGUCACACUGGGUCGCCACUCCGGCCUCGAACUGCAGCUUUCUGACGAGCGUCGGCGAGCGCCUCGCGCCUCCAUUGGUGUUGCCCCUGCAUUGAGCAUCGCCCACUCCGUACCGUACCAAGCUACUCACAUCUGUACGGUGUUGCAAGUUGCCAAAGAUCAGAUCCUGAGGCUACAAGACUUGAACCGGUCUAUAUCACAGUCAACUAUGGAGAAUCUCAAGCCAACUCCUCAAGUCGCCUUGAGACUCGGGGGCUAUGAUGACAUGGCUCGGUAA